ACCCAGUGUGCCCUGUCUAGGAGGACCAGAAAAACAAGUCAUUUGGACGGGAGGAGUUGAGAAGAGAACAAGGCCGCAUACCUGUUCGACGGUCACCUCCUUCACGUGUAUAGUCUGAAGGAUGGCUCAGGACAGCAGACUUAGGGAGCUGCUGUGGAACACGCUGAUGGAGCUGGGGGAGGAGGACUUCGCGUCCUUCAGGUUCCACACGGACCUGCCUGAAAGCGAGCGUGAAAACACCAGCCGUGAGUACAUUGCUGGAAAGCUCUUGAGUAAGCACGGUGACAACACUCUGGGUGAAACCGUCAAGAUUCUGGAGAAGAUCUGGAACAAAGAUUUGGCCCAGAAGCUGCACAGCAACAUGCUGAACAUAAAAGGUGCCGUCUUCUCCGUCCAUGAUGAUAAUCAGAUUAACCGAUUGAAGGGGAAGCUUCAAGAACACUUGAAGGGUUUAUACAGCUUUGCAUCUGAGGGCACCACCGAGCGCUGGAAGCAGCAGCCUCUGGCGGACGUCUACACGGAGCUGGACGUCACCUACGGGGCCGACGUCAUCCCCGACGAGCGGCACGAGGUCCUUCAGAUGGAGACCAGUGCCACUGCGGCAAAGGAGUCUAUCCUGCCAUGCGGCAUCUUCAAAAGACCUGACGGGAACCGGCGACCGAUACGCACGAUGCUCACCGUCGGCUUUGCGGGAAUAGGAAAAACCUUCCUGAUUCAAAAGUUUGUGUCGGGCUGGGCCAGCGGUAGUAGCAACCAGGACAUGGACUUCAUAUUUCCUUUCACCUUCCGCGAGUUAAACAUGGACAAAGGGAAAAGGUUUACGCUGGCCGAGUUAAUACGAUGUUAUAUCUGCAGAAACAGGCACAUGAGCAAGGAGACACUGAACAAUAUAUUUGCCGACCUGCAGAUGUCUGACAAGCAGGACUACGACAGCAGCAGGAUCAAGAUCUUGUUUAUCCUCGACGGACUGGACGAGUGCAACUUCAAAAUCGACUUGAAGAAUACGGGGAAAGUGGACAUGGACGUGAGGGAAGCCUACCCGCUGGAGGUACUGCUGGCGUAUCUCAUCAAUGGGAACCUGCUUCCGUGCGCCAGGGUUUGGAUCACCACGCGGCCCGCGGCGGCCCGCGAUAUCCCCUCCGACCUCAUCGACAGCAGAACAGAGGUGAGAGGAUUCAGCGAUUCCCGGAGGCUGGAAUACUUCAGGAAAAGGUUCCCAAAUGAGGAGCGCGUCAUUGAUCACAUUCGGAAAUCUCGAAAUAUCUUCAUCAUGUGCCACAUUCCAAUCUUCUGCUGGCUCACCGCCAGAGUUCUUCAGCAUCAUUUGGACAAAGGGAAGAAGGGAGAGCUUCCCACAACGCUGACUAACAUGUACUCAGCGUUAAUAGGUCACCUACUGGAAAACUCCAAGGAGAGAAAUACAAAUAAGUACAUCCUUGACGUGAAAGCACUCGCAAAGCUGGCCUUUGACCACACCAUGAAGAACUGUCAGAUCUUCUACGAGAAAGACCUGGUGGACAGCGGUUUUGAUUACAGCCAAGCUGCAAAACACUCCGGAAUAUUCACUGAGGUCUUUAAGGAGGUCCCUCCGCUCAAGAGAAACAAACAGAAGAUGUUUCAGUUCGUUCAUCUAACCAUCCAGGAGUAUCUGGCCGCACUGUACGUCAUGAUGAGCCUCUUCCAUGACAAAAAGAACGUACUGGAUGAUUCAGGUUGGUUACUGAAAAAAGUGGCUGAGCUUUUUAAGCAGACCACAAUCACUGAGGUCCACCAGUCAGCUCUGCAGAAAGCUUCAGAGAGUGAAGGAAAAUUGGACAUGUUCCUUCGCUUCCUCUUUGGCCUUUCCUUGCCAUGCAACCAGGAACUAGUGGAGGAACUGCUGAAGGCUCCUCAGGCCUGCGGUCAAAGCAAGUCAAAGACAGUCGAGUUGAUCAUGGAAAGGAUCAAACAGAACACUCCAGAAAAGAAUGUCAACUUGUUCUACUGCCUAAAUGAGCUGAAGGACGACUCCUUGCUGAAGCAGAUCCAGCAGGAAUUAGCUUCAAGACGUCUGUCCUGGGGUCAAAUGUCAAAUGACAUGUGGUCGGCCCUGGCCUUUUUCUUACUGACAGACGAUGAAACCAUGAAGUCCUUUAAUCUUGCCAGCUACUCCCGAUCGCGUUUGGGGCUCAAAAAGCUGCUGUUGGUGGUCAAGGCUUCUCAAACAUCAGAUCUAAGUAAAUGUUGGCUUGACAAAGGCAGCUGUCACCUGCUGGCUUCCGUUCUCAGUUCUCCAUCCAAUCUGAGGCAUCUGGACCUGAGCUCCAACUACGACGUGUCGGACGAGGAAGUCGAGAUCCUCUCAAAAGGACUGGCCAGCCCACACUGCAACUUAGAAGUCCUCACGCUGUCAAGGUGCAGCAUCACAAAGAAAGGAUGUAUUUCAUUGGCUGAGGCUCUCAAGGUAACCCCCUCCCAUCUUCUAGAGCUAGACCUGAGGUGGAACAAUCUGUCCGAUGAAGGGGUUGAGAUCCUCUCGAAAGGACUGGCCAGCCCAAACUGCAUCUUAAAAGUCCUCAAUCUCUCAGGUUGCAAGAUCACAAAACGAGGAUGUGUUUCAUUGGCUGAGGCACUGAAGCUAACCUCCUCCCACCUUCAAGAGCUGGACCUGACCGGGAACAAUCUUUUGGAUGAAGGGAUUGAGAUCCUCUCGAAAGGACUGGCCAGCCCACACUGCAUCUUAAAAGUCCUCAAGUAA